GCUCACAUCAAGCGCAUCGCAGCCUGGUGGUGUAUCAGCAAACAGACCGAAACCUGCGAGACAGAGAAGGAGAACAAGGAGAAGAUGGUGAAGAUCUCCUUUCAGCCCGUAUCGGUGCAGAAGCCUGAAAAGCAGCGAGAUGAAGGAAAAGAGGAAAUUCUCAUGUCUUACUCUCAACCGGAUGAACUGGUCCUCCCUCUCAGGCCUAAGAAGUCUUCAAUAAGUGGCCUCUGGUGUCUGAUCCCUGGCUUGGUGAUUUUCAUGUCUGGCCUGAUCAUGGUGUCGGUCUAUGUGUAUCGCUACUAUUUCACUCCUCAGAUCCCUGAGGACAGUCUGUUCCACUGUCGGGUGAUGUAUGAUGACUCCCUUUACGCACCGUUGCUAGGGAGACAGGAGCUGCAAGAGAAUGUCGGCAUCUACUUGGAGGAAAAUUAUGAGCAGAUCAAUGUUCCUGUGCCCAACUUUGGAGGAAGCGAUCCAGCUGACAUCAUCCACGACUUCCACCGGGGCCUCACAGCAUAUUACGACAUUGCGUUGGAUAAGUGCUAUGUUGUCGAGCUCAACACCACCAUUGUCAUGCCGCCCAGAAACCUGUGGGAGCUACUUAUUAAUAUCAAGAGGGACAUGUACUUGCCACAGACCUACAUGAUUCAGGAAGAGAUGAUGGUGACAGGCCGGGUGAAGAACAUGCGUCAGCUCGGCCCCUUUAUCCACCGCCUGUGUUAUGGCAAAGAGACUUACCGGCUGAAACGCCGCAACUCUCGCAGACGUAUUGACAAACGACAUACCAGGAAGUGUCACAGCAUCCGUCAUUUUGAGAACACAUUUGUGAUAGAGACGCUGAUCUGUGACCGGGCCUGAAAUGUCAGCCACAGCAUCUUCCCAACUUAACUGAGCAGAUCCCAAAACCUGUUCCUCUGCGUUUAGCUUUUAUUGCACUUUAUAGCACAUCUACUCUGUACAUACUGUGUUAGGCAUCAUGAUUUUUUUUGUUUUGUUUGUUUGUUUUUUUUGUUUCAAAAUUAGUUUGUGAUCAAUCAGAACUAUGUUUUAUUUAUAUAUAAAUAAAAUAUUAUAUAAUUAUAUUAUAAAUUAUAUAUAUAAUAUAAUAAUUGCCUUAGAGUUGGUGGCUGUUCUUGUUGUCUUGGUUAAACAUUUUGAACUGUAUAUAUUGGUAUUUACAUUAAAUAAAUGUGUAGGAUUUUACAUUGAAUAACUGAUCGUUCUGAGAAAUGCAAGCACAUUUGAAAAUUUUUCUGACAGUAUUGACAUAAUUUUUGUGUGAGACUAUGGCAUGCACUAUGCACUGACUUUAUUUUCUUUGGUUGUUUGUCAGUUGGUGAAGGUUAUUUUGCCGAUAAGCCUGAUAACCCGUUCACUACUGUUUCCUUAUGUGAAAUAAGAAAUCCAGAUUUAGAAAAUUGUCUUAAUGCCAAAAAGUAUACCUCAUGUUUUAGAAAUAUAUGAGUUAAUUACUUUUAAUUUAAUUAAGACACUGUUUUCAUUUUUCCCAAAGUAACUUAAGCAAUAGAGUUUUCUUAUCUUGGAUUUCAUAUUUUAACAUCAGACAUUUUCGUAUUCAGUUAAUGAACUUUGUAUGUUUUUGUCUCUUUGUGACAUAUUUGUGAAUAAAGUUUAUAAAAAAAAAAAAAACGACUUCCACAUCUGAGUUAAACUGAUGCCUGCUUUUUUCUCUUUUUGACUUUUCAUUAGAAGUGUGUAUUCAUUAUACAAGUGCUGCUCUAUUACCAUUAUAUAAUGGAUUUUUGUCUGACUUUUCUUUUAACAUACCCACUUCAAGGAUGCUUUAAGGUAAUGUGAUGAAGGCUGUUAUUUAGCAAAAUUUCAUGUCAAAGCCUUAGUACAUCUUUCUUUGCAUGCUCUUUUUUCAUAAACAUUUUAUUCAGUAAAAGCCUUUUUUUCUAUGACAAAAUAAUGCACUGUUUAAGGAGUUAAUGCCCUAUCACCUCCUUCCUCAAUGUACAUUAUUGCUUGUAAUAUAACUAAAUAAACUACUGAAAAUAAA